AUGUCAGAAGUCCAAUUGUAUCAAUAUCACCUUGUUGUAAAACAUUGGAAAGGUAAUAAAAAUGCAAACAUUGAACAAUUUUUUAAUGCUUCCCACUUUUUUGCUAACCACCCGACAUUGGAGUUCUUCCUUGGUAUAGAAAGUAAAAAUAAUGAGGAUUACCAAGUUUUGCUAUUAUCUGAGGACUCUGUAAAAUCUCUUCAUACAGAAUUAGAAAAUUUUACUUCCUCGAAACUUUCAAUGAUACCAAAAUUUCAGAAUGUCACUUAUAAAAAGGUUAAAUCUACUUUUAUUGAUUCAUCACAAGCUUUCAAUAAAAUCAAUAAAGAAAUUAAAAAAUUUAAUAAACAAAGUAAAGCGGAUAGUAAACUCCGUAAGAUGAAAGAACAAUGGGAAAAAGCACAAAAUAUGGUCAAGACAAAAAAAUACUUUUUCGUAGCAGUGGAUGUUGAAAGCUAUGAACGAGAUCACUCUUGCAUCUUGGAAGUCGGAUGGAGCAUGUUCGACUCGAAAAGCGAGAAAUUUAUGGAUCGACAUUUUUGUGCAACUGAAUAUAAGCAUCUGAAAAAUGGUCAAUUUGUUCCGGAUAGGAAGGAUAGAUUUAAUUUUGGAGAAACUGUAUGGGAAAGUUUAACAAACAUUCGUGGUGAGAUUAUAAAAGAUUUAACGGGAGAAAAUGAAAAAGGCAAUGUUGUCUUUGUUGGACAUGAUGUUCAAAUGGAUGUCAAGUAUUUGGAGAGUAUGAAAGUUAAUGUUGAAGAAGUCAUUAAUCCCGCAGCAUAUUUUGAUACAGCAGAAAUGAAUGCAGCAAGAGUUGGAAAGCCAAAUCAGCGAAUCGGUUUGGGAAAAUUGUUAGAUGAGCUUGAUAUAGAAAAUUAUUGUUUGCAUAAUGCAGGGAACGAUGCACAUUAUACAUUAUGCCUAUUUCUUGAGUUAUGCAAAUUACCUCUUCAAUCACCUGAAGAAUCCAGCUCUGAUUGA